AUGGAUCUACCGGAGCUCAUCAUUUUAGAAAUUCUGCUACAUCUGUCCGUUAAAGGGAUUGUAAUGUGCAAGUGUGUGUACAAAACUUGGCAACAUCUAAUUUCUAGCCAUCACUUUACCAAGCAUCACUUUGCAUGUUCAAAAACUUUGCAUGUGAUUGAAUCUGGGGAGCAAGUAAUCCUGAAGCUUGAUACCAAAUUGAAGAGUCCUUUGCUCAAUGUUGACGCUCAGGAGAUUGCUUUCCAUGAGGGGAAUACUAAGAUGAAGCAAACCAUUAACUUGGAUACCAAGAAUCACAAGAUCAUUAUAGUGAAUUCGUGUAACGACUUACUUUGA